GGUUCUUCGGUGUGGCGAGAUUCCUUUUCUGCUUCCGGCUCUCCCUGGGUGGAAAAUCGCAGGCCGGCUGGGCUAUAAAUCACCGGCCGCGGCUACCAACCCGUUACCUAGCUAUGCGUGCGUGUCUCUUUCUUCCUUUCCCCUGGGACUAACUGCAAUUUUCUCUCCUCUCUCACUGCUUCCAUCAGCAAUGGCGACGCUAUACAAAAUGAGCAGAUGCCCGCAAGAUGCAGAAAGAUACCCGCUGAGCGCAAAUGAGCAGAUAAUCAGCACCAUGGAGACCCAGGUGUCCAACGGCCCCACCACUAACAGCGGCCUCCCCAACGGGCCGCCCCUGAGCGCCAACGGGGCGGCCGACGACAGCAAAACCAACCUCAUCGUCAACUACCUGCCCCAGAACAUGACGCAGGAGGAGUUCAAGAGCCUCUUUGGCAGCAUCGGGGAGAUCGAGUCCUGCAAGCUGGUCCGGGACAAGAUCACAGGGCAGAGUUUAGGUUAUGGGUUCGUGAAUUAUGUGGACCCGAACGAUGCAGACAAAGCGAUUAACACCCUGAACGGGCUGAAACUGCAGAUGAAAACCAUCAAGGUCUCCUACGCCCGGCCCAGCUCGGCCUCCAUCCGCGAUGCCAACCUGUACGUGAGCGGCCUGCCCAAGAGCAUGAGCCAGAAGGAGAUGGAGCAGCUCUUCUCCCAGUACGGCCGCAUCAUCACCUCCCGCAUCCUGGUGGACCAGGUCACAGGCGUCUCCCGAGGGGUGGGCUUCAUCCGCUUUGACAAGAGGAUAGAGGCGGAAGAGGCCAUCAAGGGGCUGCACGGGCAGAAGCCGCUGGGGGCCAGCGAGCCCAUCGCCGUCAAGUUCGCCAACAGCCCCAGCCAGAAGACGGGCCAGGCGCUGCUGAGCCACCUGUACCAGACCACGGCGCGGCGUUACACGGGGCCGCUGCACCACCAGACCCAGCGCUUCAGGCUGGACAAUUUGCUAAACAUGGCCUACGGCGUUAAGAGUCCUCUGUCCUUGAUCUCCAGGUUCUCGCCCAUCACCAUCGACAGCAUGACCAGCCUGGCGGGCGUCAACCUGACGGGCGCCUCCAGCGGUGGCUGGUGCAUCUUCGUCUACAACUUGUCGCCGGAGGCGGACGAGAGCGUCCUGUGGCAGCUCUUCGGGCCCUUCGGCGCCGUCACCAACGUCAAGGUGAUCCGCGACUUCGCCACCAACAAGUGCAAGGGCUUCGGCUUCGUCACCAUGACCAACUACGAGGAGGCGGCCAUGGCCAUCGCCAGCCUCAACGGGUACCGGCUGGGCGACCGCAUCCUGCAGGUCUCUUUCAAGACCAGCAAGCAGCACAAGGCCUGAGCGAGGGCCCGAGCCGAGGGCAGGAGAGAGGAGCCAUGGCAGAGACUGGGCAGCCCCCCUCCCUGAUACCCCGACCUGAUGGAAAGAAAGACAACCCCCUCCCCAGAACCUCCCGUCCCAUGGCGGGCACCGUCCCCCACCCUGUAGCAGGCUCCGUCCUCCCCAACUCCGUGGCGGGCAACAUCUUCCCCCCCGAUGAUCCCGAUGGCGAGUGAUGGUGCCCAGCCCCGUGGCGGGCACCAUCCCCCCCCAGACCCAUGGCAAGUGACCCAUGGAUGGCGCGCGAUGCUCCCCCCCGGGGGGGGGAGCGGAAGGAAACGAACGCCUCGCAGCCUCGGUGAGGAGAAAUGAGCUGCCAUGGGAGCCGUGACGGGACAGCGAGGGGGCACCGUGGUGCCACCCCACCUGCAGGCGAGGCAAACGUAAGCUUGACCUCCCUGUGCUUCCCCCAGGAACUGUGCCCCAUGGCAUCGCGAGGACCCCAGCAGGGGCAGGAGAGGGGACCCCUGUUAUGCACUGAAUUCCAAUGGCCCCUCCAUUUAGGGAUCCCCCUGGACCUCCCCCUACAUCCUGGCCCCUCUGACAGCCAUCCUGAGGUUCCCCCCAUCUCUCCCCCUUGGAUUCCCCCAACCCACAUUUGUGGGGAGGGGAUUCCUGGCAGGGCUCUCAGUGGUGAUCAACAAGCACCUCUGGGCUGGGGGGGCAGAUGGGUGAGACCUUAUUGGGGGCCAGGGCUGCUAUUCCCAAUUAGCACUGGGCAGGGGGGUGGGGAGGGGCUGCUGCUGUUGAGUUGCUGGGGGUAAAAUGCUCCCCUGAGCUCUCACCCCCUGAGGCCCGGGUCCCAAGCCCCCUGGCUCUGGGGCUGCCCCAGAGGCGAUGGGGCACUGGGGCUCUGAAACUAACCGGGAUCCAUCCAGGAGCAGGGGGUGGAGGCAGAGGAAUGAGACAGCUUUGCCCCUGGCUCCUGGCCAGAUGGCUGUAACUGGAGACACCCCAAGAUCUGCCCUCCCCCUCGCCAUCAGAACUUGGGGUCCCAGCCUGGCUGUCGGGGAAGGGCCGUGGUGCCAUUGCCAAGCGGACUCCUGCUUUCAUCCGGCUGGGGAGGGCUCAGGGGCAGAGUCAGGGAAUCGGGGCCGGUGAACCUCAGCUCCAGCUGGGGCUCGUUCCUGACUAGAGCCCCGAUCCUGACAAAGCCGGUGUGGGGGGGAGGGUCCGGGGGGGGCAUUCGGGUGACUGUGUCUUUAAAAUCCAGGCACGCGUCUCUUCCAGUCCCGACUCAACAGCCACCAGCUUUGCCGACAGCUCGGCCCUGGCACAAGGGCCAAUAGUCCAAAGGACCCGGUACCUGGGGCCAGUGGGUGCUUAGUGCCAAAAGCAGGGCAUUAGUACAAGCCCUGCCCACUUGGUGCAAAGGCUAUGCCCAUUCUGCAAAUGCCACACCCACUUGGUGGGUAGGCCAUGCCCACUCCAUGUGGCGCUCCGUCCCCCUCUAAUGGUGGCUGGAUCACACACAGAGGUGGAGGAGCCCACGCUGACUUGGCUAACAGGUGGUAGCAACCCUUGUUUACAAUGCAAGGUCCGGGGGUUCAGGGCCCACAGCUGAUUCCCCCCCCCCAGUGUCACCCUAACACCCGCCUGGCUCUGACAGUGUCCGUGCGCCCUCCCUUUGCUCCCAGUGCCAUUCGCCGCACUGCAUUUCCGGGGGCCGUGGUGAGAAGCCCAGCCCCAGGGUGGCCAUUGCAUGGGUGGCUGGAGCCUCACACGUGUGUCGGCCGCUGGAAAUUCGUGCAGUCCAGGAGAAGCGACUGGGCUGUUGUAUCAAAUCCUCGGGUUGACCCAUCAGAAACGCGCUCCCGGGCCCGAGGCUUCGGGGCUGCGUUUUGAAAGGCACUUGCUUGCAGAGCAGCGCCUGGGGGGGGGUUGAGGUCAGUGGGAGUUAGAUCCGUAGCUUCAGUGCCUUUGAGGAUCUGGGGUUAGGUGCCUCCCUUUAGGUGCCUAACCCCCUUUGACACUAUUGGAGGUGCUGAGCCAUAGCGGCCUGCAUCUCACUGAAAUAUGGGCUGCUUAAUUGGUCUAGAAAUUGGAUCCCUCCUUGUUCCCUGCACCCCCUAAAGAGCCCCGAUCCCCAGGCAGCAUUUACCCUUUCCCUGCUGCCCCCCCCCAACCCCGCCAUGCAGUCUUCAGAUUGCGCCUGCUUUCUUUCCAAAAUUGCCCUGAGUAAAAUGGGGAUGGGGGGGUGAGGCACAAAGGGAUGUUUAAAUAAAUGGAUUGAACCCAUUUGAAAAGCAAGAGAAAGUUACCCGCCUUCUCAACCUCCCCUCCCCGCCCCUGUGUUAAUUUAUUUCCUAGAGAACGGUUGUUUUUUUGUUGCCAAAAAGGGGUGGGGUGAGGGGGAAAGGAGCAGGGCUUCCUCUCUCAGCUCGAGAACGAACAAAUGAAAUAAAAUAAAAUAAUAAUAAAUAAUAAUAAUAAUAGAAAAGGCUGAAAACAGAAAUAAUAAAAAACCAACAAAAAAAUGGGAAAAAAAUCUAUUUUUAUAAAAAAGGGAAAAAACCAACCUCGCUGGGAAUUUUUACUGGGAUUCUUGAACUUCACACAUACACACACACACACACACACACACAAACAAACACAAACACACACACACACACACACACACAAAGCAAAUAAAAAUAAGAGAAAAUCUUUUUUGUUUUUAACAAAGAGGUUCUGUGAUUGCCCAACUCAGGGCCAAGAUGGAAAAGGAAAUGGUUGUUUUCUUUCUUUGGGUUUUGUUUCAGAAGGGGGGGGCAUGAGAUUCACGAUUGUUACCGAGGAUAUUUUUUUAUUUAACAUUUUACGACAAAAAAAAACAAAACAAAAAAAACCAAAAAAACAAAACAACAACAACAAAAAUAAAACCUAGCAGAGAAAAGCAAGGGGAAAAAAAAUUUAAGAGAGGAUUUAAAAAAUGCCCCAAACUAACUAGAAACACAACUGAUUUUAUCCAGGGAAAUAUGCUUCAUAUUGACAUUACUUACAUUUACACCCAAUUCCAUAUUUUUGAAAAAGAGCUGUGGUUUCCUCCUUCCCCUUGUUUCUGGGGUGAAAAACUGUGGCAGUGUGUGAACCUUUCUUAUUGAUUUAGUGUCUGUAUCAUAGUCACGCCUGGGAGCUCUAGGCUUGGAUCAAUCUCAUUGUGCAAGGCCUGGCACAGAUAAUAAAUCAGUCGAUGGAAGUGGCACAAAAGCAUUUCUGAUGAUCCAAGGUGAGGGUGGAUAAAACAAAUCCCAACCCUGAACAGAAAUACAGGAGUGAUUCACUUAUUGAUGUCUCAGAAUUGCAUUUGACUGGGUCGAGAGGAGGAUCAGUUUCGGGGCAUCUCACGUGCUCAUGGGUUCAUAGGCCUUGAUAGAUUCAUAAAGUUUCAGGUACCAUGGAUCAUCUAGUCCAGUGGUUCUCAAACUGUGGGUUGGGACCCCAAAGUAGGUUGCAACCCCAUUUUAAUGGGGUCGCCGGGGCUGGCUUAGACUUGCUGGGGCCCAGGGCCAAAGCCCGAGCCCGACACCCAAGGCUCAGCCUGAGGGUUUCAGCCCUGCGAGUUGGGACUCAGGUUACAGGCUCCGCACCUGGGGCUGAAGCCCCUGGGCUUCAGCUUUGUCCCGCUAUCCAUUCCCACCCCAACCCAGGUCAGUGGGAUUCGAGCAGGCUCAGGCUUUGGUUCCCCCUCCUUGGGUUGUGUAGUAAUUUUUACUGUCAGAAGGGGGUCGCAAUGCAAUGAAGUUUGAGAACCCCUGAUCUAGUCCAACCGGCUGUAUAGACCAGGCUAGAGAACUCCACCUGGCAAUUCACCAAUCCAACACAUAUCUUGUGGAUGAGCUAGAGCGGCGCAUUUAGAAAGACAACUCCCCCAUCUGGAUGUAAAAUCUCCAGUUGCUGCACAGCCUGUCUUGCUCCACGGGAGGCUGCUCCAGGGGUUCACCCCUAUCGCUGGGCAAACUCGGCACCACUAUUUCCACUCUGAAAUUGUCUGGCUUGGAAGCUGGGUCUCCUUUUGCCCUGUGGCAUCAGCUCUGGUUCCCCAGCAUCGGGGACCUACUGGUGGUGGUCAAGCUGCUGCCUAAGCUUUCCUUCCAUCAGCCAAAUUGAUUUGAGCUCUCCUGUGUCCCAGCCUAAAGGCAAGUGUCCAGAGCCCAAAAUUGCUCUCUGAGCCCUUCUCUGAACUGGCCCCAGCUUUUCCAACAGAGGAAUGCCAAAGCCAUCAUGGUGGCAAGUUGCAUGCUCUACCACGGUGCCCCUAGCAUGAGAUACCAGGCUCCAGCCAAAAGACAGGACCUCACCCACCCUGUCUCUCUAAUACCAUGAGGACACCAAGGUAGCAGAAUGCCCAUAGCAUGGCCUACCAUGAUGCCCUGGCUGUGAGCUCGCAUGGAAACACAAUACCCAUAGCCGCCUCCUUCGUGCCUCACGUCUCCUCCCCUGAAAUGGUGGCCUCAGUGAUGCCUGAUCAAGAGAAGCCAAGCCCUGUGUACCCCCACCACAUCACCCAACGGCCAUGCUACGAAACUGAUCCACUCAGGAGACCCACAUCUUUGCACCAGCCCUCCCCCUGAUGGGGAGAUGCUCCUUUCUUUCAAGCCAUGGGAUAAUCACAGGGGCAGGGUUUGUUUAAGAAGUCACUGUCCAGCCACCUGUAGCCACCCCAGGCAAUUAUCCCGAUUCCCAACCUUACAGCUGGGGGUAGGACUUAAAACUGGCCAGAGCUGGCUCUCCUCCGCUCUCAGGAAGGUCUCUGGAGCUUUACCGAACGCCGCGUGGAACGUUUUGGUCAAAACCCUUCCUGGGGACGUCAGAUUGUUGAAAAAGGAGCAUUUUCAGGGAAACGUCUCCUUCCCGACCCCGACGUCCAGCUCCUGCGUUGGAAACCUGAAAAUGCAGGGCCCAAACCUGGAGUUUUAGGGUUUUCAGCUAAAAAUGUCUCGGUUUUUUGCCAAUAUUUGGCUAACAAAUUUCUGGUCACUGGCUGAAUUCUGUUAUUUCAGUUUUCUGCAGGAAAUUUUCUAGGGUUUGGGCCAGAUUUUUCCAGGUUUUGACCAUCUUUGGCCAAACAUUUACCGGGGUUAGGGAGAUUUGGGCCGUAAUAUUUUGGGAGAUUUGGGUCAUUUCCCCCCAUUUUCAUCACUCCCCCCCCCCCCCAGUUUUCAGCAAUUUUCAGCCAAAGGUUUUUCAGGUUUUGUCCUUUUUAUUUUUUUUUAUUUUUUGGUUAAAUAUUUACCAGCUGUUAACCGCCCAAUUCCCCCCAAUUCUGAGAUUUUUUUUGACCAAUUAUUUUCCCUUUUCAUUGAGUUUGGGUCAAAUUUUCCCAUUUUCAGCCAGUUUAGGCCAUUUUACAAUAUUUUGGGGGCCAAAAAAUGUACCAGUGUUUGACCAUUUUAUUGUCAGGUUUCAAAAAUUUUGGCCCAAAUAAACUUCUGGUAUUGUAAUUUUCAGCCACCAUUUUUCAGCUUUCUGCUGCCAAAUGCUCAAUUUUUUUUGGUUUUCCAAUGAAAAAUCUACAUUUUCCAACAGCGGGAAAAAGAAACUCCUGUUCUCCCACCAGCUCUAAUUUAACCACGGCCUCCGUCGGGAGCCAGUUUCUCCCAGUGCUGAUCGCUUGUAGCAGAGCUCUACCCUCGGUUAAUUUCUUUUAAGGAUGUUUCGUUUCAAUGAGUUUAAAGGGGCAAUUUCCUGGAUUUCUGUUGAAAAACCACUUUCAGCUCCUUGAAGUCCAGCCAUUUUUGAGAAAAUAUCUUCCAGUGUCUCAUGUCUAAGCCAAAAUAUAGAGAGAAUAAAUCUUUCAGGAGUCCCGACAGACUUUUUAAACAAUCAUUAGUUUUGCUCUGUAGGCUUCUUUCGUUUGUAGCAGCAUAGAGCGACACUAGUGAUGGAAGGGAACGAUCCUUAGAGUGGUGUUACUAACUCACCUGUCUGAUUUUUUUUUUCUAUUCCACCCUUCCAAGAGCGAGCGGAAAUUAAGUUGAUUUAAACUAAAUUCCAAACCUUAAAAAGGGGGAAACGCAAUUGCUCUUGCUUUAGCCAAGGCACGUCUUGGCGAUUCACGUUACAACUCACAUCCCAAACAACACACAUCAGCUACUUUUUGGUUUAGGUUUUGUUUUUGUUUUUUUAAUUUGAUUUUCAAUUUUUGGUUUGACAAAAACGAGACCAAUUCUUUCACUUUAGAAAACAAACAGGAAAAAAACAACGUAAAAAAGAGAACGUAAUGAUAAACCUUUUAGCAUUAGUUGAGUUUUAAUUGUUUAAAUGAUUUAGAAGUUAGUUUAGGAUUUCUUGAUUUUUGAAGAUAAAUGUGUUCUGUGUUUGUAAGAAUCUGUGAGAGCUUCUGUUUGCGAAAAAACAUACAAAAAUGACAAAAAAAAAUUUUAACUGGCACCAUUAACUUGUAUCUUUUUGCGGAUUUUAGCUUCUUGUAGUUUUAACUUAUUGUUAACUUAAAUAUUUAUUAUUACUGCCUUGUAUGAGUACAUUUGUGUAUAUUUAUGUUAUCUCAUCAGAUUUGCAAGUUAAAAAGGAACUAUUUUUUAAUUUGCUGAGAUGUGGUUUUACCUAAUUUAUUUAUUAAAGAAAAAGGGAACAGAAAAAUCAAAUAAUAAUAAUAAUAAUAAAAAAGAGUAAAAUGUUUAAGGACAGAUUCUCCGAUCGAGGCGAAGUGCACUGACUUAAAUUAAGGGGGAUAAUGUAAGCAAAAAGAGAAAAGCAUAUAGAUCGAUUAUCUACAAAAGUGUGUCUGUGGGAAUCAAUGUUACAUCGAUUACUUUUGUCUUGUAGGGGGGAAUUGCAAACCUGUUUCUGCUCUUCAUUCUUCUAGCAGGUUAAGGGAAUCAAAUUUCUAGCUUGUCGUUUUUAUCUAUUCCUUCUUCUUCUUGUGUGUAUUUAUUAGCCCUUUCGCCCCUACAUAACACAGCCCUCAGCACUCAACCACCCCCGCAACAUAAAACCAAGGAUCGAUUUGUUUUGGGUGAUGGAUUUCCUUUUAUUUCAGUUUUUUUUUCUUUUUAUUAAAAAGAGCCUCCCAUGAAGCCGAUAUUGUGCAUGUAAAGGGGCAAAUUGCAGUUCUCUCUGGACCUGAUUCAGCAACAGAUUUAAGCAUGUGAGCAGGAUUACAGAGCUAACUAAGAUCAGGGGGUUUUACCAUACUGGGCGCUGCACAGACCCUGGACUGAGAUCAGGGCCCUGUUGUGUCAG